AUGCCUUCAUAUGCUAAAUUCCUUAAAGAAAUCUUAUCUAAUAAGAAAAAUCCUGAGGAUAACGAAACCGUUAUGCUUACUGCUGAGUGUAGCGCUAUUAUUCAGAACAACGUGCCUCCUAAGGUGAAAGACCCUGGUAGUUUUUCCAUACCAUGUGUAAUCAGAAAGUUUAUCAUAGACAAAGCUCUGUGUGACUUAGGAUCCAAUUUUAGUUUAAUGCUUUUAUCCACAUGUAAGAAACUCAAUUUAGGAGAACUAAGACCCGCAAAGAUGUCUCUACAACUAGCUCACCGUUAUGUUAAAUUUCCAAUAGGUAUUCUAGAGAACAUUCUCGUACGUAUAUGUCAAUUCUACAUUCCCAACGACUUGGUAAUAAUGGAUAUAAAGGAGGAUUCCCACAUCACUAUUAUUUUAGGAAGACCCUUUUUAGCCAUAGCUGGAGCCAUCAUAGAUGUCAAGAAAGGAAAGCUAACUUUCAAAGUUGGGGAAGAAAAAAUUGAAUUUAUUUUAGCUCAAUUCUUACAGGCGCCAGCUAUAGAAGAUUCAUGUUGUCUCUUAGACGUCAUCGACGAAUGUGUGAAAGAAAUGGAGAGGGGACCAUCUAAGUAUAUUGAAGUACUAAAGAUUCCAGCGCCUCCUAUAUUCGAAGACGAUAAUUGGCAUGAGCCACACGUAGAUGACAGUCUGAGGGAAUGUCUAGCACUAACACCCAAUCCAAUUCAUGCCUAA